AUGGCAGCUGCCGGCAUCGCCUUGCUACUCCUCCUUGUCGUGCUGCCGUUAAGCACGUCGGACGACAGCCUUGUCGUCGGCAGGCCGCUCUUCCCCGGCGCCACCAUCGUCUCGGACGGCGGCGCCUUCGAACUGGGCUUCUUCUCCCCGUCCAACUCCGUGCCUGCCAGCCAGUACCUCGGCAUAUGGUACAGCGGCAUCACCGAGCUCACCGUGGUGUGGGUCGCCAACCGUGAGUCCCCGGCCAUCACCGGCCGCCCGAUCCUCACGUUGACCAACGCCUCUAGCCUCGUCCUCUCCGACGAAAACAACGGCCACGUGCUCUGGGCGACCGACGUUGUCGCUCCAGACAUUGGCGCUGGUUCGGCGGUGGCCGUGCUAACGGACGCCGGGAACCUCGAGCUCCGCUCGCCGAACAACACCGUGCUAUGGCAGAGCUUCGACGACCCAACCGACACGUUCCUCCCCGGCAUGAGGGUCCGGACCGCCAGCGAGCGUGGUCGUGGCAGCGGCGGUGGCUUCAACUUCCUCGUGUCCUGGAAAGGCCCAAGCGAUCCAUCGCCGGGGCAAUUCUCCUAUGGCGUGGACCCGGUCACCACCCUCCAGCUCUUCACCUGGAACGGGACGCGGCCGCUCUGGCGCAGCGGCGCGUGGACAGGGUACAGGGUCAACAGCGAGUACGUUCCCAACAUCAACGCCAUGGUCUACCUCGCCGUCGUGGACACCACCAACGAGUCGUACAUGGCCUUCACCCUCUCCCCCGGCGCCCCGCGCACGCGCUAUGUGAUGGCCCACUCCGGCAUGUUCGAGCUCCAGAGCUGGAUGUCGGAGCGGUGGGACACGCUGGGCCGCUGGCCGCCACACGAGUGCAGCCACUACGGCCACUGCGGCGCAUUCGGUUACUGCGACAACACCGCCGAGGCGCCGUCAUGCCAUUGCCUCGCUGGUUUCGAGCCGGCCAGCCCCGAGGAGUGGCGCCGCGGCAGCUUCGCACAGGGGUGCCGGCGAAAGGAGGAGCUACGGUGCGGCGUCGGGGAGGAGGACACGUUCUUGGCGGUGCCGUUGAUGAAAGCUCCCGAUAGGUUCGUGGUGGUGGAGAACAAGGGCGCGGCGCAGUGCGCGGCGGAGUGUGCCGGCAACUGCUCGUGCGUGGCGUACGCGCACACCAACCUGAGCAGCAGCUCCAGGGGAGAUGCCACGAGGUGUCUGGUUUGGGCGGGGGACCUCAUCGACACCGAAAAGUUUGGCACUGUUGGCAGUGCCGAGACGCUCUACCUCCGGCUCCGGGUCGCCGCUGCGGCUACUGCAGGCAGAACAAAGGAGAGAAAAACAAUGAAAAUUGUAUUGCCAGUUUUAGGAAGUGCUCUGGUGUUCACAUGCUUAUUCAUUGGGACAUGGGUUCGCAAGUCCAAAGGCAAGAAACAGAAACAUGAAAAUUUGAAGAUGUUAGUGCUAGGAGAUUUGAAAACUCCUGAAGGACUUGGAGCAGGAAGCCCAACCGGAAGCUUUGAAUUUCAAUUUGUAAGCUUCAAAGAUAUUGUGGCCGCAACAAACAACUUCAACAAAUCGCUGAAGAUCGGGCACGGCGGUUUUGGCAAAGUUUAUAAGGCAAUAUUAGAUGGUCGUGAAGUUGCUAUCAAAAGGCUUGGGAAGGAUUCUGACCAAGGAAUGGUGGAGUUCAGGAAUGAGGUUAAUCUGAUCGCCAAACUACAGCAUAGGAAUUUGGUUAGACUUCUUGGUUGCUGCUUGGAGGGAGAUGAAAAACUUUUGAUUUACGAGUACAUGCCUAAUAAAAGCUUGGAUGCUCACCUUUUCAAGAGCGCAAGAAACACGGUGCUAGAUUGGCCAACCCGGUUUAAGAUAAUCAAAGGGGUUGCUAAAGGGCUUCUAUAUCUCCAUCAAGAUUCCAUACUAAAGAUAAUUCACAGAGAUCUUAAAGCAAGCAACAUUUUACUAGACGAGGAAAUGAACCCCAAAAUAGCAGAUUUUGGUAUGGCAAGGAUGUUUGGUGACAACCAACAAAAGGCAGACACCAAACGGGUCGUCGGAACAUAUGGCUACAUGGCUCCUGAAUAUGCAAUGAGAGGCAUCUUUUCUGCCAAAUCAGAUGUGUACAGCUUUGGUGUCUUGACCUUGGAGGUCGUAACUGGCGUGAAGAUAAGCUCUACUUACCACUUAGACGAGGGUGAAAACCUCAUAAUUAAUGCGUGGAACCAAUGGAACAAAGGGAACAUCAAGGAUUUGGUAGAACAUGACAUUGUGGAGAGCUAUAUAAUAGAUGAAGCUUUGCUCUGUAUCCAGUUAGGACUCUUGUGUGUGCAGGACAACCCAAAAGAUCGGCCACCCAUGUCAUCAGUCGUGUUCAUCUUGGAGAAUGGUAGUGCCACACUGUCCAUCCCAAAUAAACCUAUAUAUUUUCCCCAUAUGGAUAACGAAGUAGAACAUGUAACAGGAAACGCUAAAAGCUCAAAGAACAGCCUGACUUUUACGGUUCUAGGGGGAAGGUAG